AAAAUGCCUCGAGGAAAGGUAGGAGGCAAGUAUGACCGUCGUAUGUCCUUCGAUGAUGUCAAAGACGAGCGUAUGUUGGUGAUGGUAGACAAGCUUUGUUGCUGGAUGGGCGGUAUUUUGGACGAAAAACUAAACAGAGAAACCCUCAUCACUAGUAUCAGGAACGGAGUCCUGAUGUGCAAAUUGGCAACGGAAAUCCAAGUGGCAGUGGACGAUUACAUGAACACUGCUGAAGAUCCAGGACAACUCCCCAAAAAGCCACCUCAAAACUUUGCCACUGAUUGCGGUGCCAGGUCCAUGGAAGCUAGAGAUAAUGUUGGAAAAUUCUUGCAGUGGGCCCGAGACUUGAGGGUUCCCGAGUCUUCCAUCUUCUCACCCGAUGAUCUUCUCAAAUUGAAGGGUAAAAUGAAUGUGGUCAACACCCUCCUGGCAGUUGCUAGGAGAGCAAAGGACUGUGGAAUGGCUGCCGAUAUUGAUGCACCACCAAAGAUCGCCAAUGCCUUCAAGGGUCUCGAGGAGAAAUUCGGCAAGAAGUUCGAACACACAGCAACGGCUUUCGGAGGAGCAAAGACAGCCCUGAAAGAAACGACCAUGACCCUUACCUCUGGCUCUGCCUGGAAGAUAGUCCAGCAGAAGAUCGACUCCAUUCUCCAGCUGCCCGGCAAGCCUUCUUACGAGAUCUUCCGUAACUAAAGAAUUAUAGGAACCUGGCUCCGCAUUAUCGCAGUCUUUAUCUCUCUUUCUCCUCCUCCUGUGGUCGAACAUGGUAGGCCCUGUGGUCGGGGUCUUUUUUACCAGGGUCUGUAAUGGCCCGCUAUUUCGGACAGUGUCGCUAAUUGUAUAAAUCCAUCAGACGAUCCUAGUGACUUCCUGUGUAUGGCAAACGAGUAUCGGUGGUUGUGUAUGUCACGUGGUGCUUCUUGUGCUAUGUGGUCCAAAUUGUUUAUAGACGAUUUAUUGGUUUAUAAAAUUGCUUCUGAAGCUCAAUA